ACAUCCCCAAAAUUGCUAUCACCUCUCACACCCAUGUCCUUAUGGUUUUUAUCCGGUUUUCUUUAAAUGGAGGUUGCACUUAACGUUGAGAAGGCUGGCAUCGGCAGUGCUGUAAAUUCAAUUUCUGUGGCACGGAGGUUAUAUGAGUCCCAUCUGCUUGACGCCUCCAGAAUUUGCACACAGAACAAUGCAUUCAACUUCUUAGGAUUACUGGACUCUACAUGGCACUCUCAACCCUGCAUGCUCGGCAUCGAUGAAGCAGGUCGUGGCCCCGUUUUAGGCCCCAUGGUCUACGCUUGCGUUUUAUGCCCAUUGGCGAAGUCCGAUUCCCUCAAAACUUUAGGUUUUGCAGAUUCCAAAGUGUUGUCCGAGCAACAACGAGAACGCUUGUUGACCGAAGUUGUCCUUAAAAACGAAUGGAUCAGUGGCGCUGUUCGUGUCAUCAGUCCUGUUUUCAUCAGCGACAAAAUGUUGGACAGGUAUAAAACGAACCUAAACACAAUAUCCCACGAUUCUGCAAUCGAACUGAUUCAAACUGUUUUGGCUAACGGGAUUCACCUGACCGAGGUGUUUGUCGACACUGUUGGAAAAGCCGAACACUACCAGGCCAAACUACAGGUUCUUUUUCCCACUCUGAAGGUGUGCGUGGAGACCAAAGCGGAUGAUACCUACCCGAUCGUCAGCGCUGCUAGUGUUCUUGCGAAGGUCACACGCGAUCGUCUUCUUCGAAUGUGGCCGAAGGAAGAACGCGGUCCUGUUGCUGAUGAUCUUCCGAUUGGGUCAGGCUAUCCAGGAGAUCCAUUGACAAAGAAGUAUCUCGAGAUGUGCGUCGAUCCGAUUUUCGGCUUCCCCUCACUUGUCCGAUCCAGUUGGUCCACAGCAGCAAACUUGCUUACCAAGCAUGGCAUUGCUGUUUCCUGGGAGGAUGAUGAGGAUGAAGAGCACUCCGCCCCAACUAAGCGUCCGGCAAAAAAGCUAGCCACAGGCUCGGGAAAAUUGUCGGAGUACUUCACGCCCACUCCCCUUGCCCACAGAAGAUAUGCCGUAAGACGAGCUUACUUUGUACGGUCUUCUAUGACCCACGUUGACUCCCUGUGUUGAUUAAUCGCUCCCUUACCAAUGUGCGGCUCUUGUCUUUUUCCCACUCUAUGUACCAAAAUCGCGUACCUACCUCAGCCUGCUGUUUUAUUAUAUAAUAACUCAUACAUCUUGAUCG